GUUUUCACUAUUUUCAAAGUAAAUUUCUGUGACUCAAUAACGUUGUAAAAAUCCUCACCAGGGCGGAAUAUGCAGCGUUAUAAGCGUUAAAUUUGUUUACUUGCUUUUACUACACUCCGACAGACUUUAGACUCACUGCAGUAUGAUAACUCGCUUGAUGUCACAGUUAUGCCCGAUUCUUUUAUUAAAUAAUACCGACAAAUGAAAACUAAACAUUCCAUUUAAAGUGAGGAUUCAGUUAAGUGUUCCAAGUUACUGAUUAAAUGAGUACUUCUAACACUACUACUUGUGACGUUCAUAUGAUUUUGGUGCGUUACCUUGUUAUAAUUAAGGCACGUUGUUGUUGACAUAAGAUUAUGUCGUGAGUUAAGAGUAACGUGUAGUGCACAAGUAUAUUUUCUAAUGAAUGUAAAUAGUAGAUUCACUUCGUCACCAUUUGACAGCUGAGCCGUCUCGCAGAACUCAAAUAUUAACUUGUGCUUAGUGCGCAUGAGCACCUGUGCUCUCUCUGGUCCACGGGCGCUCCCGAUUUCGUAAAAGCGCGUUCACAAGGCCUCAGCUGAUCUGAACUUGAACGCUUAAGACUGUUUAAAGAUAUUUAAUCAUUAGUAAAAGUUCAAUUACACCGUUUUUGCUGAUAUUUGUGUGUUUGACAAAAAUAUUAUGAGAAACAUUAUUGUUUUAUUUUAUGGUCUAUUGGAAGUAGUACUCAGGAAACAGUGUAAUGUAUGGUUAUCUUGGAUUAGCUAUACUUGGUACUGGGUCACCACAAGGUUGUUUUGUCCACCUUACUGUACAUUUUGUACACUAACGACUGUAAAAGGAGACAUUCAAAGAGACAUCUCAUCAGGUUUGCUGAUGACACAGGCCUGGUCAGCUUAUUAAGGGACCUACAAAACUAUAAUGGAUUCGUUCUAUAUGACUUUACUAAAUGUUAUGACGAGUCCUCUUUGCACUUAAAUGUUUUAAAAAGAAAAGAGAUGGUCAUUGAGUUUAGGAAAAAUGCAAAACUCCUCCAAGAUACUGUAGUUAAGGGUCAGACUGUAGAAAUUGUCAAUGACUGUGAGUACUUGGGACUUGUUGUAGAUAAAACCCUGAGUUGGAACAAAUGCUGUGACACUAUUCAUAAAAAAGGACAACGGACUCUUUUUCUGAGGAAACAAAGCAAUUUUAAUGUAGAUAGAACCAACCUAACACUUCUCUACGAGUCUUUUAUUGAAAGUGUAUUAACAUACUGUCUCACUUGCUGGUUUGGUAACAUCAGUACCAUCGAUUGUAAUAGGCUGAAAAAGUCGUCAAAAUAAAUAUCAUCCGCAAAAUAUGGAUUGUGUGUCUCUCCCCCUCCCCUGAAAAGGGAAUAAAAGAAACACAAGGUUUCGGCUGUAGAGCCUUCUUCGGGUGUAAGAAAGAUAGGGCAGUCAGUCAACUAUAAUUUUCAUCCAUUCACAAGUCCAUGUCGCAGUUCUGGAUUUGGCGCCCUUUUGUGUGGAGUAUAUACGCCUGUAAAGAAUAACUUUUCAGAUUCAUGAAGAUGAGUGAUGGACCACGUACACUUUUUAAAUACUGGGUUUUUUAUACCGAGUGACUCCUGCUGUUGAACGCUAUCUGGCAUCCUCAGAAGAAGUAUUAUUCUUCCCGGGAAGUGUCAGAUCACCAACAAGGAAAUAUUCAAUCAACUUCAUAGAAAUCAGUUGAAAAUGUCACGCCAGCUCCACGCUCGCCGGAUUGAGGGAGUGGACAAAAAUAUUUGGGUUGAAUUUACCCAGCUGGCAGCAGACUACAAGGCUGUUAACCUGGGUCAAGGUUUUCCAGAUUUCUCUCCUCCUGACUUCAUGAAAGAAGCUUUUUGUCACGCUGUCAGUGGGGACUAUGACCUGCACCAGUAUACCCGGGCUUUUGGUUAUCCGCCUCUGGUGAAAAUCCUGGCAAAGUUCUUUGGGAGAAUCGUGGAUCGGCAGAUAGACCCCAUGGAAAACAUCCUGGUCUCUGUGGGAGCCUACCAGGCCCUGUACUGUACUUUUCAGGCGCUCGUUGAUGAAGGGGAUGAGGUUAUACUUAUAGAGCCUUUUUUUGACUGCUACCAGCCAAUGGUGAAAAUGGCAGGGGGAAAAGCAGUCUAUGUGCCUUUGAGACCAACAGUGAAGGGGAAAGCCAUGUCUAGCAGGGACUGGGCUUUGGAUCCAGAAGAGCUGGCAAGCAAAUUCACUCCACGCACAAAAGCGAUUGUCCUGAACACACCUAACAAUCCUCUGGGAAAGGUGUUUCAGCGAGAGGAGCUGCAGGUGAUAGCAGACCUGUGUGUGAAGCACGGAGUUGUCUGUAUCAGUGAUGAGGUCUAUGAAUGGCUUGUUUAUGAUGGAGCCAUGCACAUUAAGAUAGCCACCUUACCUGGAAUGUGGGAGAGGACGGUCACAAUUGGGAGUGCAGGAAAGUCUUUCAGUGCUACAGGAUGGAAGGUGGGCUGGGCAAUAGGUCCUCAACAUAUUCUGAAGCACUUGAAAACAGUGCACCAGAACUCAGUGUAUCACUCUGCCACAGCAGCUCAGGACGCUGUGGCUCAUGGCUUUCAGCGGGAGUAUGAGCGCUUUGGGAAGCCAGACAGUUAUUUCUCCCAGCUGCCACAGAGUUUCCAUCAGAAACGGCAGAGACUUGCAGAUUGCCUGGCUGCUGUGGGAAUGCAGCCUAUAAUUCCUGAGGGGGGCUACUUCAUGAUCGCAGAUAUUUCAGCAAUCAAGGCAGACCUCCCUGAUUCUGAUGAUUCAGAUGAACCCUAUGAUAACAGAUUUGUAAAAUGGCUUAUCAGGAAUAAGGGAUUGGCUACAAUCCCAGUAUCUGCCUUUUACAGCCCUGAACACCAGAGGGAGUUUGAAAACUAUGUCAGAUUCUGCUUUGUGAAGAAAGAUUCUACAUUAAGUUCUGCUGAGCAAAUCUUAAGGGAAUGGAGUGUGAAGAAGUGAACUUGGAAAACUGAUAUUCCUGUCAUUUUCAAGCCUCUAUUAACAGCAACACUUUCUUACCCACAUACUUGCCAUAACAGUACACUCACACUCCUGAAUGGAAAAAAACAAGGUGAUUUGAAAUACACUGUUUAUCAGUAUACCUGAAUUCUGAUUUCUGACAAUAUCUAACAUGCAUAUUUGUUUACUAAUUUCGAGUGAUUAAUCAUAUUGGUUAUACAGCACACCCAAUCUUUAAUAUUCAUUUAUGUUCUCAUUUGUAUUUAGAAUAUUUGUUACAGAAGAUUUUAAGCAGUAUACACUUAAAAUAUUGUAAAAGUAUUUACAGUUUAGGGAGACAUUUUCAGUGAACAAAACAUUACUGUUUCUAUGUGCUGCUGAAGAGAUGCACAUCCAUGUAUUUUCCGGGUAGUACAUACUGUAAGUCUUCUCUUAAAAACUAAGCUUAAAUUGAUGGAUUCUUAGUUAUUAGUAGAUUCGUGUUCUUUGUCAUUGAUGAAAUAAGAAACCUUGUGUAUUCUUCUCUUUUUUUAUUCUGUCAUAUUGUACAGUUGUUACACAACUCCAGCCAUUAAUAAAUACAUUGUAUGGCCUCAUUUCAUAUCUGCUGACAAGAUUUUAAAUGAAGCACACAGAAGCUGCAUUUACUAGCUAUCUGUUAUGGAUUCUGGAUGGACACAUUUUUGCCAUACUUUAGGUUAUCCCUGACUUCUUACUUUCUCUUAAUAACAAAUAACUUCAGGUUCUGUGUUUUGUCUUGUUUUGUUUCAUUUAAAGAUUUUGCACACACAUCAUUACUCAGGAAAGUGAACAUUCAAGAUAAUACUGUUUUAAAAGUGUAACAAUCAUAGUAUUGUAUGGAAAAGUGUUGUAUUAAUGACUCAUUGCAUCAAAGUCAAAUACAUUUUUGUUAGAAAUUGAAAGACUCCAACUGUCAUUUUUUAAUCUAUUUGAGUACAAUGGAAAUACAUGAAAAGUACAAAAUGUAUGUAUGGCUAUGUCUGUCAGGGUGCACACAGCAGAAUACUUAUUUUUCUUUGUCAUUGAUUAAAGUUGUGCAUUGAUGAAA